AUGAGCUUUGGAAGAACUCUUAAAACUGAGCAUACUAAGGAAAUAGACAUAUAGGUCUGUAUAUUUGGAGACUCUGCGAGUGGAAAAUCUUCAAUUAUAAGUUGUUUUUGUAAUAGGAAUGACAAUGAUUAUAAAGACCAGGUUGUAGAACUUGUUAAUUUAAAUGAAAGAUUCUUGAUUUAAGAAUGCUCAAACAAACAGCAAAUUCCCAUUAUAUGUGACAGGAGCACUAAUUUAAUAAUAACUUGUGAUUUAAUAAAAGUUAUCCAAAAUCAUACGUUAGAAUCUAAGUUAAUAUCUGACUAUAUAAGCGAAUUUAAAGAUCUUUCUUCUCAUAUUAUUUUAGUUGGAACUAAAUCUGAUUUAGUAUAAUCUUAUUAAAUGAAUAUGUAGAAUGAGGAUAACUUUGAUAUUUCUUUAUAAAAUUAGAGAGCUGCUUAAUUAAGCAAUGAUUAAAAUUAAUUUAAAUAAUUUUUAGAGGAACCAAAAAGAAAUCCAAACUAGAAAAGAUCUUCCUCACUGCUUAUACAAUCAAAGAAACAAAUUUAAUAACAUCCUUCAUAGGUUUUAAAAAAGAUUGCAAACAAUUAUGGAAUAUAAUACAUAGAGUCAAGUUCAAAAGACAGUAAUAGUAUAAAUCUAAUUUUUUAACUUUCUUUAGGAAAUAUCUAAUAAGAGCUUUUUAUGAAAGAAUAUAAGCAAGGAAUGAAAAAUUAAACUCAAAUUAAUUAAAAAACAACAAAAGAGAAUCCUGUUGUGAAUAAAAACAUUUCUUCUAUUCAUUUAAAUAGUAAUUCUGAUGAUAAAGAAGAUGAAACUUUUUAUUAUUCAUCUUGCUUUUGA